UCAGACGAGUAGGGUUUCUGUUGUUUCAGUAAAAACCUCGUCGGUUUAUAUUAUUUCCUGUUGACGUCGAGGUUUCAGUCGUCGCCGGUCAACAUUCUAUCCCUUGACGUUUGUGUGGUUGCGAGAGAAAAUGGGUACUGUUAAUGGAGAUGGUUACACAAUUCCACCAGAAUUUGAUGCCGAUGCUCGGGAACUGCUCGCCGAUAUUACUUCCAAGGACUCCACGGAGCUUUGGCUCAUCCAGUGGCCUUAUCAUCAGCAUCCUGAAAUUGAUGGGCAAGAGCUAUCUCUAGAGCUCCGUCGCAAUGGGAACUUGGGUACUGUCAAGGAUUCUAAUGGAAAGGAAUAUGAUAUGCUGACUUGUGCAGCUAAUGAGCCGGAUGCAACAGUUUUUCUAUCCUCAGUAUCAGAGUCAAAAACUGUUGGUAAGAUUUCACGAAGAGUCUCCCUUGUCCACUACAUGGGGCCUGAAGAUUAUGAAAAACUUAUUGCUGACAAUAAGAGACUAAUGUAUCAGAAAUCCUCUGGAACUUUAUUUGCAAAUUCUUCCCAGUUUACUCCCUCGCAAAGUAAGAGAAAGUCAACUUCUGGGUUUGGACGAACAGUUAGCACACAUAGUAGCAGACAGAAGAGUGCAUUAUCUGGAGGUCUUGAGCAUCCCAAAUCUACGAGAAGAAGACAUACUGAUGAGUCCAUUGGAUCCAUGGACAAGUCUAAAGGAAGUCAUAGUGAGAUUACCAUUUCUGGGUCCUCAGAGCAUUCUCAUAAAAUGAAAUCUAGAAAGAAAGCAGAGAAUGAGGAUUGAGUGGUAAGGUCCACUAAACCCCACUUCCAUUUUGCUUGUGCUACCCAGUUUCAUUUUCUAUUGUUGGUGAGAUUUUAUCAUGAAUAUGCCACAGUUGCUUUUGGCCUUGAAUUGGAAGUAAAAGUAGUCACAUAAAGUAGAAAGAUCAUAGCUUUUAAAUCCUAUAGGAAUCUUUUGUAUACUCUUUUUUUAUCUUUUGGUGGCGUUCUUUUCUAUUGGUUCAUCUUCUUUUUCCAGCUAGGCAUCGCAAUAUCUUGUAAUGGCUUCUGCUUUCCUUUCUGCAUGGUUGGAAUUUCAACUAUUUCUCUUUGAUUUCUUUGCUGCUGAACCCUUACCCUGGAAGAACAUGUUAUGUUGAUUGUUUUGGAGUUUUAACAUGAAAGGAAUUUUGGC